UUGGAAGAAAGACAAAGAAAAAUCAGUCAUCUUUCGAUCUCAAUCGAAAUUCCAAUUUCCAGCGUAUCUCUCUUUUCCAUUGAUUUUCCCUCUUUUUUCUUUUCCUUUUCCUUUAUUAUUUGUGCACCACAAUAAAACUACGUACAAACAAACAACCCCUUAAAACUCUCUUACUCCCUCUUUCUCUCCAUCUCCUCACAAAGAUUGAUCGUUCACAGGUGCGUUUACUGAAAGCAAUUCAUUUUUUCUCCUCCUAUAGCUAUACAGUAUACAAAUUUCGUUGACCCUCCUCCAUAUAUGGAUUAUAGUGAUUAGUAUGUGUAAGAAAUAGGAAAAUAUAUCUUCAAGUUGCAAUAAUUGCUCCUCGGUAUCUGCAAUUUCUUAUCCGACGCCAUUUUUUUCGGUUAUCGAAAAACCCUUUUCAAUUUCUUGGCUUUUAUGACAGCAAGAGCCCUACAGCUGAAUUGAUUUGAGCUGUGGGGGUGGGUUUUGUUUUUUAAUUGUUUGUGUUUCCGUUUGAGUAUAGCUGUGGAUUCUUGAGUUUGGGAAUCGUGGUGUUUGAUGUAUUUGAGUUAUAUGGAAAGUGGGCUGGUGAUAAGGGGUCUGGAUUUUGCUCGUCGAAGGAGAAAAUGGAUAAUCUUGUUGGGAUUGGUUGGGUGUUCGAGCUAUGGUGUGUACAAAGUGUAUAACAUGCCCUCUGUAGCCAGGAAAAGAAAGAGAAUUUUGAAAUUAUUCGAAUCCCUAGUUUCAAUUGCUGAAAUGAUUUCUGAUUCUGCUGAGACGAUCUCUGUGGUGUCAAGGGACUUAAAGGAGUUUCUGAAGUCUGAUUCGGACGAAAUUCCUAAUAGUUUGAAGCAAUUGUCGAAAAUUGCUCAGUCUGAGGAGUUUUCAGCCUCAGUAAUUCGUGUUUCUCGAGCCAUGACUGUUGGGAUUUUGAGGGGUUAUAAGGUGGAGAAUGAUAGAAGUGAGAAUCAAGAAGUGGGUAAUUCAAAUUUUUCUGACAAGGUUGUGGAUAAAUUGAUGUCGAGUGCCGGGACAGGGUUUGUUUCUGUUAUUGUUGGUAGUUUUGCUAGGAAUUUAGUUAUGGGGUUUUAUGCUAAUGGAGGCGCUAGUGAAGGGUCAAGUGAAAACGACCACUUGGGUGCUUCGUUCGUGAAGUCAGGUUCCUCGACUUUGCCUGGAUGGUUAGACAUGGUGGUGUCAGAUGAUAAAUGUCGAGUGCUAGUGGCCGACUGUAUUAAGAAUUUUGUAAGCACUGCAGUUGCAGUUUAUCUGGAUAAAACUAUGGAUGUUAACUUUUAUGAUGAGAUGUUCUCUGGCUUGACCAAUCCUAAACAUCAAAAUAAGGUUACUGAUGUCCUGGUUUCCCUGUGUAAUGGGGCAGUUGAAACUCUUGUUAAGACGUCUCACCAGGUGCUGACGGCUUCAAAAUCAGAUCUUCCUUUGGAAUCCAAGGAAUCUUAUUCGAUCAUUGAUCAGAGUGAAGCUUCUCUCUUGGAGAACAAGAAGGAUCUUGAGCCAGAAGCCCAUUUUAGAAAAAUGAAAGUGAUGAACGGUUCCAAGGAUCUCCAGAAUAGUGGGUGGAUAGAUAGUGUCUCAUCAACAUUGGCUGUGCCUAGCAACCGGAAGUUUGUGCUUGAUGUGACUGGAAGGGUGACAUUUGAAACAGUUAGAUCCGUGGUCCAGUUUAUAUUGUGGAAAUUGUCCGAGGGACUGAAAAUGAGUGUUAAUGCAGUUCAUGAUGAGGUUGCUGAGAGGGGAUUUCAGGUUGUCAGAUAUGUUGCGGCCAAGUCCUCUGUUAUUCUUACUAUAUGUCUUGCAUUAUUCUUGCAUAUCUUGGGCAACACCCGAGUUUUGUUGCCUGCAUAGAAGUGAUGGGCGUUUCUGUUGCACAAUGCUCUAAGGAACUAUCGGCACGCCUCUUGUAGUCCAUAGGUAGGUACUGGGCAAUAGCUUGUUUGCAAAGUUCCUCUACUUGUUGCUUGUGCUUCUUCAAGGAUGGGAAGUUUUUGGUCAUAUUUCGAAUUUCAAGGAAGCAAUUCUGAUAGUAUAAAGAAUACAGUGGCAUUUGCACCGAGUUCUUGGCUCGAUAAGGACCGGUUGCUGUUUAACAUCUGACUGCACAGAAAAUAAAGGAGCAGCUGGAUUUCCUGCUUCUGCAUGCUAUUUCCAGGAAUUAAGGUAAACUUGGUACCUGAAACUUAGAAUCAAAGUUCAUUUUUUUCCUUCUCCCAGACACGAACUCACUGUCAUAUUUAUCAAAAUUCAUAGCUUAGAAUGUUAUACAGUUUGAAGCAUCUUCUGUUGUAUUCUAAGUUUACCCUGUUGUUUUUC